AUGUUUGCGUCUUAUCUUACGAAUUCUAUGUAUCCGAGAGAUGCUACAAAGUUUUCGAAGUUUUUCUGUAUGCCAAUGUUUACACCACAGGGACCCAUGCUACCGGCAAUUUCUCCGAAUACAAGCCCCAGUCCAAGUAAUACUAGUUCCAUUUCAGAUGACGCAGAGAUGAAUGCACACGACUGUUCCUCAGGCUAUUCAAGCUUGGAUGAAUCUUGGGCAACACUAAGUCCAUAUCUUCAAAUGUUCCAAUUACGACAAUUUGCCUAUUCUCCACCGUAUUUUCCAUUUUGGUAUCGCCAGUGGUCCUCACCUUCACUAACUACAGAGCAAUCAUCGGAAUGCAAAAAAUCUCUAGGAUUUCCACCAGAAUAUGAUAUAACCCCUCUACGACCCUUCACACCAGCAGGUGCGUCUGCUGGAUUAGGUAAUGAAGAAUUUUCACCCAUUCCAAUAGACAAGCAGAUAUCUCCAAUAUGCAGAGUGCCCACGACAAGGUUGGGAACUCCAAGCCAGCGACACCCGACUUGUUCGAAAACACAACGAUCGCUGAUGCUGCUGGAAAUGAUCGUUUAUCUUCUACAUGUCAAUACUGAUAUAAUUGAAUGGAUCAGCACGACAUCGCCAGAGUUCAGGAUACUAGACAGAAAGAAGUUCGUGGCGCAUUGGAAUAGGUUAUCGGGAAAACAAGAUUCCUUUAUAGCGAUAGCCUGCAAGCUGAGAGGUGUUGGAAAUGAGAAAAUGCAAACAACAGAUGGGCAGAAAAUUCGAUUGAUAACUCGGACAGCACCGUAUACUUACCGUUUCUUACCGGAUCAGGGAACAUCCAGCUUCCCCAUGCUUCAUGACCACAUCCUUCAACAACUAAUCACCAAGAUGCUGUUGUCUUUCCAUCUCCAUCAGCGCAAGUGCAAAAACGAUGCUGAAUCAGCUACAUUCUGCCACUAAUGGUAUGUGAUAGUAUCGUACACAUGGGAAACUACAAAAUCGAAUGAGACAAAGUGCAACACAAAGUUCUGACGCAGGAGAGCAGAAGAUGACAGUCAUUAACUCCCGGUUAACAUCUACUAAGUAUAUGAUAUAACUGCUAAGAAAAUUAUUGGUAUAUUACUUGAAGUAGGAAAUCUACUGUGAUAUUGUCUAGGAUCCUAUUCAGCUAAUAUUUAUUUGGAG